GAAAAUUUCAAAGUAGAGUUGGAAAAAAGGCUAAGCUAAUGAGAGAAGCAUCAGUCUUAGAUCUCCAAGAAGAGUUAGAAGUUUCAGAUGUUGGCAUUUCAGGCAUGAAAAAGAAAAGAAUAUCAGGAAGGCCAAAAUGGACUCAGAAAUGAAGAAAAUGGGAAAGAAAUUGCAGAAAACAAAGCCUUUGGAUUUUGGAACUGAUGAACAUGUUAUGGAAACUAAAGGGCCUUCAACUGUAAAUGCAACCUUUUCCGAUCAAGAUAUUGAGCCAGAAGAGUCUGCACCUGGUACUGAAACCUUGGCUGUUCAAGAUAAGAACAGAGCAUUGGCACUGGUUAGAAAGUUGUGGGCUUUGGAGGAAGAUCAUGACAUCCCUGUGGCAAAGGUUGAGGGGGAAAACAUAUGUGACACAGACAUCAGGUCACUGAGACCAGGAAAAUGGCUGACUGAUAUGGUGAUGGACAGUUACAUAACCCUUUUGACAAUUGCUGAAAAUGAUCUUGGAAGAAAGGUCCUCCACUACAUGCAAACAAAGAUGACCAGCAUUAUUGAGGGAAACUAUACCUUUAAAAAUCAAGCUGCUUCCCAGAGGAAUCAGAAAAACAUAGAAGAACUCGAUGCUGAGAUCAUAAUUGGAUCAUAUUACAGAUCUAGUCACUGGACUUUAGUGGUUGUUGAGAUGAAAAAUGGGAAUAUAUACUACUACAACCCCUGUGGUGAAAGAGUUGCUGAAAUGAAAAAGAUUGAGAGAAAUUGGAGGAAAUACAUUCAAACCCUUCAAACAGUAUUCAAUGCAAACCUUCCAACAAGGCAAUGGAGAGUCACAAAUGUUGCCCAUUCACUACAAAAGGACUCAUUCAAUUGUGGAAUGUAUUGUUUGAUAUUUGCUGACAAGCAUUUGAAUAAUAAGUUUGAGGAGUUGAUGCCUAUCACUGUGGAUGAUCUAAACAGCAUGAGGAUUACUGUUGCAGACCAUCUUAUGCUGUAUGAAGUGUAUCUGACAGGUUGUUGUCCAAAGUGUGGCUUUGACAUAGCUGAUGAUGAAUAUAUCAGCUGUUGCAAUUGCCAAAGAUCGUAUCAUUUACGCAGUUACUGUAUUGAGAAGGAAUUAGUUACAGACAAUGCCUCAUCAGAUUUUGAAUGCAGUCUGUGCAAAAUCAAUUGGCCAGUCGAUUUGAAGAGUACCAAGGGUAUUUAUCCAAGGAAUCCUCCAAGAGUGACUACUGAAACAGCACCAAAAGAGAUGCCCUACUGUUCACAAGUACAGGCUGAGAAAGAAUCCCACAAAGGCAAGGAAAAGGAGUUCCUUCUUGUACGGUGAUGCUAAAGGAAGGGUUACCUGUGAUGAGAAGGAAGAAUUGAAUGGUGAAGUAGGAAUGAAAAAUGACAGUGACAAUGAAAAUGUAAUUGGAGAGGAUGAGAGCAAUGCAGUGAAUGUUUCUGGUUUAGAUACUGAC